CCAGCCGUUACAUACAUACCCCUCCCCUUUCAAAGCUGGAAGUUCCGGCUUGCCUACAGGCUGCGAUUCGUAGAGAGUAGAUACAUUCCAAGGCGUGGGUAAUCAACGUGAAAGGCACGGUUUGGAACGAGUUUUUACUCCGUCCGGCCACUAGACCUGCGUCGCGUGGCAUUCGUCAUUUCCCUGACUUUCGUGGGUCAUUGUUCAGCCCACAGUUAUCGGAUAGCUCUUACGGUUUUUAUUUCGAAGUGCGCGAGCGCACUCUCGAGCAACUUGGAAAUGAUCGUACAGGCUUGUCGGUAUGGCUGACCGUGGCGUGCGACGUGGACGUGCGACUGCUCGCAGUCACAGCAGCAACAAUGGCGACAGCAUCGGUCCUGGCCGGGCCAUUGCCGGCGACGUUAUGGUGUGGACGUCAGAACACUGCAGACAAACGCUACGCCAAGCGGAAGCAGGCAUUGCAUCGGGAGCUGGCGACGAGCUCCAGGAGUAUCUCUCAUCAGUGGAUACGCUGGUGGACGUAGCCAGCCGUGUCAAGCACGCCCUUGCCACAUCGCCUGGUGCUUCGGAGUGGGUUGCACUGCAGCAGCAGGCGGACUCGUUGCUGCAGACGGUGGUGGAUGACUUGGACUUCGAGCUCAAAGACCUCCUCCAGCGAUACAGCACGCGAGCCGCAGCCAGAUUCACACCAGAGAGGCUCGAGGUCCUUUUCCGAAUCGCCUUCCUGGAACCUUCGUCUGGUUCUCCUCACAGUCAUGACACUGGCUGUAGCCCGGAGCACGCCAGUCCACGUGUCGCUGAUGCAGCCCACGCCAGUCCAGCUGGCUGUCCACUUGGCGAUGGACCCCAAUAUAGUGGUUCCAAAGCGGUGGGCGACGAAGGCAAUAGCGCUGGUAAUGGUGGUGGUGCUGCUGCUGCAAAUGGUGGUGCCGAUGGGGAUGCUGCAGCUGCUGCUGCAGCAAGUGAAAGCAGUGGAGCUGGGAUCGGAGGGGAUGGGAGCCCCACGCAAGGCGCUGACGUGGCAGGGGGUCCCACAAGGGGUGCCAGCAUGGACAUGUUCAUGCCUGAGCUCCUGCCAGAUGGCGCGCUGCAGUUGGUCGGGUCGAUAUGCAGCAGGAUCGUGGUGGCUGGAGGGGGCUCACAACUCGUGGAGACAUACAGGAAGGUGCGUGGCAGCUUCCUGAGACAAGCUGUUGACUCGCUGAGUGGCCACCUGAUCGACACGGUAGUGGCAGCAGCAGUGGGCAGCAUGGAGUGGGGUGCGCUGGAGGCAGCCAGCAAGCAGUGGGCGCAGCACGUGUACCUGCUGGUAGGCGUGGUGUGGGGCAUGGAGCGGCAGUGCCUGGAGGACAUCCUUCCCCCUUCCGUUCCCGCCCAUGCUCCCCUCGUCCGCACCCUCCUCUGCUCGCUCCUCAAGGACGGCCAGAUCCUCUCCUCCCUGCACACGCUCGCCCAAUCAGCUGUUGCCAUCUGUCGCCGCGGCCUGCCAGAGCAGCUCUUCUCCCUGCUCGAGAUGCUGCAGGCCCUGCAGGAGGUCGUACCUGAGCUCGAGGACAAUCUCUGCAGCGUGGGCCUUCACUCAGAAUGGCACUCGUUACAGUCACUCCCACUCACCCUCUCCCUUGCCGCGCUACAGUCACUGCAUGCCAUGCAGAACACCAUCGCCCGUGCCACCUUGCCCCCCCUGCAUGAGGAGAGUGCUGGGGAGAGAGGAGGGGAGAGAGGAGGGGAGAGAGGAGGUGAGGGUACAGCAGGAGGAAGGGUAGGGGGUGUGGAGGGAAGGUUUCAAUCAGACAGGGGGCCAGGGUGGGGGCCGAGGAACCUCAGGAAGACCAGGUCGGCUGUAGCGUCAAUGGCUACAUCCUCCAGUCCUAGAGUAAGCGCCACAAGCCCCACACCUGGUGCCACGGCGUCAAGCCCUAGUCUUGGCGCUACAGCUGCUAGCCCUAGGCUGAUUGGAUCGGUAUCGAACCCUCGCAGCAGCUCUGUUCCUGGGCUCACCAGCCCAAGAUGGGGUGCAACGGCUGCAAUAGGUGCUACAACUGCGCUGGGUGCCACAGCAGCAGCCGGUGCUACAGCUGCCUUGAGCGCUACAGCAGCAGCUCUUGUCAGUCCCAGAGUACGGGGGGCAGUCAAGAUGCUCACUCGCAGGCUGUCAGACGCGUCGGUGCCAGCCAGUGGUGACUUGUCAGGUGGUGCCGGCUCCGCUGUGGUGGCAGUGCCAGCUGGCGGAGGCGUGGACCCGGUUAUCAGCUAUGUCUGCAACUUCAUACGAAGCUUCCUGUCCUCCUCGGGUCGUCGCAACUAUGCAACCACCUUGACGUCAGCGUGCAGCCUUGUCAAUCGUAGCAACAGCUGCACCACACUCCUCUCCCCCUCCUACUCGUCCUCCCCUACCUCCUCCUCCUCUUCCUCCUCCCAUCUACACUCGUCACCAGCAGAGGCAGCAGCAGAAGCAGCAGCAAGAACAGCGCUGCAAGACUCCAGAGCAAGAGCAGCAGCAGCAGAGAAAGGUAGUGCCUUAAAGGCUGCAGCUGGUGACGGUGGUAGCUCUGCCUCUGGCUCUGCCUCUAGCUCGGCUCACGAAAGCAUCUCAUUUCGAACCCUUCUUCCCUCCUCUGCUGCUGCUUCUGCUCCUUGUUCUACUGCUGCUGGUGCUGCUCAAAACACAACUGCUGCAGCUAACCGUAGCGCAACCAGUGCCAUCCCAACCAGCAGCAGCAGCAGAACCCCCGGCACCAGCAGCAAAGCUGUGACCAGUGGUGUGCUGACAGUUGACUGGCAAGGCCGACUGAGUCUUGAUAGCAAGACCGCAAGACAGGGAGAAACGCGGGAGGGUGUAGGAGGGAGAGAGAGUGAGAGGGCACGGAUUAGUCUGAGUGGGAGUGCGGAGGGUUGCGGAAGGGGGAGUGUGGAGGAGAGAGGGUUGGGGCUCGAGAGAGUGAGCGUGGAGUUGCUGGUGGGGGGGCUGGUAGCGGCUCUGAGAGACUAUCUGGAUAUCAGAGCAGCUUAUUAUGAGGAUGUGGCCACAGGGGAGCUGUACCAGAUGAACAAUCUACACUACCUUCUACAAUCCAUGAAAGCGUGGGAUGGGUGGAGGCAAGGAGGUCUCAAGCGAGCCCUUGCUGAUGCCAAAGCGAACGGCAGGGUGGAUCUGGUCGUAGUGCUCUCGGGGUUCAUUGACCAGAGCGUGCUUGACAAACACAUGGCUGCCUUCCAGACCUGCGCGCUCAGGAAGGCUGUAGCAGCAAUGUCCGACCGCCCUCGCCCCUUAGACUUCGUCCCUGCCUGCACCAAGCCCUCGCCGUCCCUCUGGCCGUUCUCCCAUGGAGAUACCGGGGAUCACGAGGUGCUGGCUAUGAGCGAGAUGCUCAGGCUAAGGGCGUUCAACAAGGCAAUGGAGGAGCUGGUGGAGGCUCAGAAGGGGUGGGCCAUCCCUGAUGCAGUGCUGCGAGAGCGCGUCUGCGUCGCCUGGGCUGCCUGCCUCAAAGACAGAUACCGGAAACUGCUGCAGCCACGAUGGGACGACCUGAUCACAUCCAAGCACUACAUGCACACACCUGAGAGCUUGGAGUUGCUGAUCAUGGAAGAUUUCUUCCAUUAAUGUGUCGGCAGUAAGACCGUCUUUCAAUACUGUACUCAGAAAUUGAUGAAGCAUGCGCAGAGUAAGCUAUGCGCUAACCAGGGGUGAUACGGUGCCGUGCACCAUAGGUGCCUGGUUCCAAAUAGGGAAUAGGAUCAUCUAUAAUCGAGCCUGUAGGAUCAUCUCGAGUAUUGUUGUGUGCUGUAUUGCGCUAUGCUUCGAAGGUAUAUAAAGAAGACGUCUACACAGUAUGAA